ACGUUUCCUUACGCCGUCCAAGUUGGCGAAAAAUCGGCGUGAAACAGAUAUCUGUCAUUGUACGAGGACCGAAAAGCCGCCGAUCGGGUCACCGGUGUUAGCUGACAUUGAAGACGAGGGAAACAAUAAAUUCUCUGUUACGUUUCCGCCACCAGAAAAUAAAUUCAAAAUCUCUCAUUUUUUCUCUCUAGAACUCUCGAGAAAAUAAAGAAAUGACAAAUUGUAUAUGUUAUUGUAGCCAACCAGUGAUUUUACCCAAAUCCAAUAGUAAGGCGAGCUUUGGUAGAGUGGCAGUCAAUUUGGGAGUUACAACCGCUAGAGAUUUUAGGGUUAGGGCUUCAACGGUGGAGAGCUCUUCUAAUUUCGCUAAGCGCACGGAACAGGCUUGGUUAAUUUCACAGGGUUACAGUGAUUUGUUGCAGCAACCAAGGCCAGUUGUGUGUACUUCUUGUAGCUCAAAUGGACAUAUCGACUGUGAAUGGUGUGCGGGGACUGGUUUCUUCAUUAUUGGUGAUAACAUGCUUUGUCAAGUCCCUUCCAGAAACACUACGUGUGUCAUUUGUGCUGGAAAGGGGUUGAUGCGCUGCUCUGAUUGUAAAGGAACAGGCUUUCGUGCCAAAUGGUUGGAGGAGCCUCCAAUGUCUAAAUAGCUGUAUUAUAGGAAAUCAUCAACCAGAUACAAACACUAAGCCAAUGAGAAAUGCUCAACAAUGAUUCGUUCGUGUGAUUUCUUUGUUGUAUACUUUUCUAAUUCAUUGUAAAUUUGUUGUAGUUAUAGACUCACAAAUGCACUUCUCAGCACAGAUCGUACCGUGUGUGUCUGUAUUGUGUUCAAUGUCUAUUCAGCAAAUCAUCCCAUGUCAGCACAACUACCAGCGAAAAAAUUUAUAGCAUAAGACACUACCAAAUGUAUUCAUACAGCUCUCUGUUUCAGCAAAUUGGUGAAUGGUAUAACUUUUGUAGUCUUUCAAUAUUCAAGAAAACCUGUGUGCAAGCUUGAAUUCCUUUGUGGUUUA